GUGUUAUUCCGGGCAGAUCCACCACUACCAGGCAGGCACCAAAUCCAAAGUAGCAAAUGGGUUCCUAUCCCUAUCAGCUCAUCACCCAACAUCUUCGCCGCGAUCAUCAUUUCAACAACCGCACUGCCCCAACCUCCGAUCUGCCCCACUACUUCUCCCUGCAGAUUGAACCACCCGCCCACACUCAUCAUGCUCACCUCAGCCCCAAGUCUGCUGUUCCCUCUCCCCUAUCCACCAACCCUGCCCCCCGCCUUCUCUCCCUUGACGUUUUUCGCGGGAUUGCAGUUGCGUUAAUGAUACUUGUGGAAGAUGCGGGUGGAAUUUUCCCUUCUAUCAAUCAUUCACCUUGGAAUGGUUUAACCCUGGCAGACAUCGUUAUGCCAUUUUUUCUUUUUAUUGUAGGACUAUCACUUGGACUUGCAUACAAGAACCUAUCUAACAGAACGGCUGCAACUGGAAAGGCAAUAUUUCGGGCACUUAAGCUGUUGAUUAUUGGAGUCUUUCUCCAAGGAGGCUACUUUCAUGGACUCAACAAUCUAACUUACGGAGUGGACAUCACACAAAUCAGAUGGACAGGUGUCUUGCAGAGAAUUGCUAUAGCAUAUUUUGUGACCGCUAUUUCUGAAAUUUGGCUCAAGAAUGACUGCAAGGUUGAUUCAGGAUUAUCUUUGUUAAAGAGAUACCAGUACCAGUGGGCCAUGGCUUUUGUGCUUAUUGCCAUAUACCUCUCUUUGUUGUACGGUCUUUAUGUUCCUGAUUGGGAGUACCAGAUUCCAGCAGAGAUGGUGUCUUCUGAUACAAAGAUACUCUCACAGCAUUCUUUGCCUUUCAAGGUGAAAUGUGGUGUGCGAGGUGAUACAGGACCUGCAUGCAAUGCUGCUGGAAUGGUUGAUCGUACAGUUUUGGGUAUUCAACACUUAUAUAGAAGGCCAAUAUAUGCACGAACAAAAGAGUGUAGUGUCAAUUCUCCAGAUUAUGGUCCACUUCCUAUAGAUGCUCCUUCGUGGUGUCAAGCCCCCUUUGAUCCCGAAGGACUUUUGAGCUCAUUGAUGGCGAUUGUAACUUGCUUUGUUGGUGUGCAUUUUGGACAUGUUAUAAUCCAUUUCAAGGUAAAAAAAAAAAAGAAAUCAGUUUUCAAUGUUGAAUUUAAUCGUUUGGGAUACUGCCUUUCUGAUUUGCCUUACGUAAAUCAAUUGGAACAGGAUCAUAAAACUAGAAUAUUGCAAUGGAUAAUACCAUCAUGUUGUCUCCUGCUGUUAGGGGUAACAUGCAACUUCUUUGGGAUGCAUAUAAACAAGGUAUUAUACAGCUUCAGUUACACAUGUGUCACUGCUGGUACUGCUGGAGUUGUCUUCGCUGGAGCAUAUAUAAUGGUUGAUGUGUAUGGAUGUAGACACUUAACAAGUUUGCUGGAGUGGAUGGGAAUGAAUGCAUUACUGAUUUAUGUUCUGGUGUCCUGCAACAUAAUACCAAUUGUUGUGCAGGGAUUGUAUUGGAGGCUUCCACAAAAUAACAUUGUUUCAAUGAUCGGUAUUGGGCAUAAGUAGUAGAUUCCCUUGGAACUACACUCAUUUUGGUGCUGCAUAUAGAUAUAGAGGCAUAUAGACACGGUAGGUCUGUGUCGUCAUCUUGGAAGAUUAGGAUUACAACCCUAGCUAGCGAGUAUUAUAUUUCUUUAAUUUAAUGCCUCUAGUCUAGUAUAGUAUAUACAGUGAAGGAGAUUUGUUGAGCUACCAAUCGGAUUUAAUAAAAUUUCAAAUACAUUUCUCAUGAAAGAGAUCCA